GCCUCGGCCCCACAAAUAAACUAUAAACAUUACUUGCCAUGAAAAUUAACGAGAAGAAUUUAUGCGCGUUCGCAGUUUCUGCAACCCCAAUUGACCGUGAAGGCUAUCUCAAUAAAAAGGGCGAAGUGAACAAAACAUUUCAACGUCGAUAUUUCAUUUUAAAAGGGAAUUUGUUAUUCUAUUUCGAAAAGAAAGGCGACAAAGAGCCCAUAGGCGUGAUCAUUUUAGAAGGAUGUACAAUCGAGCUUGAUGAAGAUGACGAACAGUUUAGCUUUAAAAUCGAAUUUCACGGUACAAACAACCGUAGUUACGUUCUCGGUGCCGAAUCUCAGGAAGCAAUGGAACAAUGGAUGAAAGCAUUAGCGUGUGCCAGUUACGAUUACAUGAAAUUAAUGGUGGCCGAAUUACAAAGGCAAUUAGAUGAUAUUGAAGAGACGCCCGUUCCGUUGGCACAAGCAGUAGGCUCCCCAGUACCUCCUCCGCGUCAGAGACACAACCCCUUCAAUAAACCGUCGAAUAGUCCCCAUCAGCGGUCGAACAGCAUGCGUUCAGCGCCAGGUCGAAUGGACGAAAAUGCAAGGAACAGCGACCCGCAAACCAACAAAGUUAGCAUUUCGUUCUGGGAGUUGCAUAAUUCGUACGGUCGGCCGAUACUUACCGAUUUCAACUCCUGGAAGCACGCACAACGAAUGCAAAAGGAGAAAGACACGGUUGUAACGGGAAAUUUGAUUAAUUUGUAAAUAAAAUGGACUGUACUUAUUUUUUGUUAGAUUAGAAUAUACAAUUAAUUGACA